AAGGUUUGUCCGGGGAAUCGUUUAUGUCAUUACACAGAAAUAUUUCUGAUUGUCGUUGUGAGAUUUGUGGGAAAAAAUUCCCUUCUGAGCACGAAGUUUCCGCCCACAAACAAAUACACAGCAGAGAAAAAUCGUUUCGUUGUGGGACCUGUGGGAAAGCAUUCGCCCAGAAUUCCAAACUUAUUAUCCACGUACGAAGCCAUACGGGCGUGAAACCGUAUCACUGUGAGAUUUGUGGGAAAAAAUUUCCUUCUGAGCUCGAAGUUUCCGCCCACAAACAAAUACACAGCAGAGAAAAAUCGUUUGACUGUGGGACUUGUGGGAAAUCAUUCGCCCAGAACUCAAAGCUUAUUAUCCAUGUACGAAGCCACACGGGAGUGAAACCGUAUCACUGUGAUAUCUGUGGGAAAUCUUUCGUCAUUAAAAGUUAUUUAACAGCACAUAGACUUAUACACACAGGGAAAAAACCUUUCCGUUGUGAAAUCUGUGGGAAAUGUUUUAUCUCCAGCAGUUGUUUGACAAGGCAUAAACGAGUCCACACGGGAGAAAAGCCGUUUCGUUGUGAAGUUUGUGGGAAAUGUUUCACUCAGAAUUCUCAUCUUGUUGUUCACAAAACAACGCAUACAGAAGAAAAACCUUAUCCUUGUGAAAUGUGUGGGAAAUGUUUUGUGAACAAUAGUAAUUUAAGAACACACAUGAAGAUACACAACAGAGGAAACCCGUUUGAGUGUGAUGUAUGUGGUAAGUCCUUUCACGAUAAGAGUAAUUUAACGACACAUAAACGAAUCCACAGCGGGGAGAAACCGUUCCACUGUGAGAUUUGUGGUAAAGCUUUUACUCAGAAUUCCCAUCUUGCGAUCCACAAACGGAGCCAUACGGGAGAAAAGCCCUUCUACUGUGAAUUAUGUUCGAAGUCUUUUAUUUCCAACAGUGAUCUGACGAAACACCAAAGGGUCCAUGCGGGAGUGAAACCUUAUCGAUGUGAAUUGUGCGGAAAAUCUUUUCGUGAUAAUAGUAAUUUAACAACUCAUAAACGAAUACACUCUGGAAAAAACUUACAUGGCUGUGAAUUAUGUGGGAAAACCUUUAUUAAUAAUUCAAAGCUUGUUGUCCAUAUACGAAGUCAUACGGGAGAGAAACCUUAUCACUGAUAUCUGCGGCAAGUCCUUUUUGGCCAGUAGUUAUAUAACAGCACACAAAAUUAUACACACUGGAGGAAAACCCUUCUACUGUCAAGUAUGUGGCAAGUCUUUUGCGUAUAAUAGUAAUUUAACAAGGCACAAACAGAUACAUGCUGGAGGGGAUCUAAUUUUCAACUGUGAAACAUGAGAACUGUUUCUUUCACAAAUCUGUUGCGAGACCCAUUUUUGUUCUGACAUUUUAACUGUGAAUUAUGUGGGAAAACCGUGGAGGCACAAUGGCCCAGUGGUUAGGGCAGUGGACUCGCGGUCGUAGCAUGGGAUCUAAUUUUCGACUGAAACAUGAGAAUUGUUUCUUUCACAAAUCUGUUGUGAGACCCAUUUUUGUUCUGACAUUUUAACUGUGAAUUAUGAAGGCGCGUGGCUCAGUGGUUAGAGCGUGGAGCUUACGAUCGUGAGGUUGUGAGCUUGAAUCCCGGACCGGGCUGCGUGUUGUGUUCUUGAGCAAGACACUU